AUGGCUAUCGACAUAACCACGAUGAUUGGCAAACCUAUGGUUAAGAAAGCAGAAUUGGGCAAGUCAAGACCAUUUACAACAGCUAGCCCGACAAACGUCAUUGCCGACAAACUCAAUGAGGACCUAGUAGGUGACACAUUCAAAUAUCAGUGGGUCACAAUUGGAACACAUCUUAUUCAAAAUGUACCUCGAGUCACCAAUUCCUCCGAUUCCAAAGUGAAUAUUGCAGCUUUUGACUUAGAUGAUACAUUGAUCAAUACCAAAUCCGGAAUGAAGUUUUCGAGAGGUCCCAAUGAUUGGAAGUGGUGGAGACAAUCAGUACCAGAAACAUUAUCAAAAUUAUAUAAACAAGGAUAUCUAAUUGCAAUUUUCACAAAUCAAGGAGCAGUCGUAACAUUAGGUGGUAAGAACUCAUUUUCAAAUUUUAAACAGAAACUAGAAGCAAUACAAAGUUCAUUGGCAAAGAGGUAUAAAGUUAAAGAGCUUUAUGUUUUUGCGUCACCCAAGAAACCAGCAAAAGUAUCAAUUUCAAGCGACAAACAGCACAAGUCUAUGAGGAAGCCGGAGAUUGGAAUGUGGAAUGCAUUGGUGUCUAUUUUACAAGAACGAGGCAUUAGCGUGGAUUUGGAAAAUAGUUUUUUUGUAGGAGACGCAGCUGGUAGGCCCAAAGACUUUCUGGAUAGUGAUUUACAAUUUGCCAAAAGUGCCAAUUUAACGUUUAAGAUUCCAGAAGAAAUGUUCAUUAAUGAGAAUAGUAUCGAGCAGAGCGAGACACUGGAGCAACACUUUGUAGACACUAUUGAGCAGAGCGAGGCACUGGAGCAACACUUUGUAGACACUAUUGAGCAGAGCGAGACACUGGAGCAACACUUUGUAGACACUAUUGAGCAGAGCGAGACACUGGAGCAACACUUUGUAGACACUAUUGAGCAGAGCGAGACACUGGAGCAACACUUUGUAGACACUAUCGAGCGACAACGUGUUUAA